AUGUGGUACUUUCGCCUUAGCAACCUCAUUACUCUCAUCGCCAUCCUUUUGCUUGGUCUGAUAGCAACAUCAGGUGCAGCGGUUGCACCUCGAGCAACUACCGACGGUCUUUGUGCCAAAUAUGUUGUCCAAACUGGCGAAAGUUGUGCCAUGAUUGCUAAAGCAAACUCUAUCACUGUGGCUGAUAUCGAAACGUACAAUGCUCAAACGUGGGGAUGGCCUGGGUGCCAAAAUAUAUUGCAGGGUGCUUCUAUUUGCAUUAGUUCUGGAGAUCCCUUGAUGCCAAUUACGCUCCCAGAUGCUAUUUGUGGCCCCCAGGUGCCUGGAACAAAACGCCCCAACAACUGGUCAGACCUAGGGUCUUUGAAUCCGUGUGCGGAUAAUGAAUGUUGUUCUUCAUGGGGAUUUUGUGGAAGUACUCCAGAAUUUUGCACUUCUAAAGCUGCUACCACCACUUCGAGAAAGACUACCAAGGCUGCCCCUAAAGCUACGUCAACCACCACAACCAGCAAGAAGGACACCACCACAACCAGCAAGAAGGCUACCACCACAACCACCAAGAAGGCUACCACAACCACCAAGAAGGCUACCACAACCACCAAGAAGGACACUACCACUAAUAAACCCACGUCGGCGACCAAAUCAUCCCAGAAAAAAACAAGCACUACUACCAGCAAAGCGCCAGUUGUUAGUACAUGGACAAUCAAAAUGUACAGCGAAAUGGACUGCCACGGCGACCACUACAUACUCGAAGGACAUAAUAUGGACAUGGUAGACUACAAGUGUCUGAACCUGCACGGAAACCUAAGCACCAAAAACUCAAUAACGGAUGUUUCCUGCAACUGGUAUACCCUCGGCGGGACCUUCAAAUCUAGCUGCAUUGCCGGCACCCUCACAGAACCUCAAUCCUGGAUAGUUGAUGGUGGUAUCUGCACUAUAUGGGAAAAUAGAGAUUGUAAGGAUGUGUAUCGUCAUAGCGGUUAUCUGAGCAGGGAAUGUCGGAAUCGGAGGGAAUCGAAUAUCACCGAUUGGACUUCUAUGAAGUGUUAUAUUCCUACAGGGUUCAAUUACAAUCCAGAUCCCCCUAAGCAAGUUGGGCUUUAG